AUGACAGUAGCUUCAUCCGAGAUUGCUACUAAUAGCAAUCAUGAUUAUGAAAUUGAAAAACAAAAAUUAAUGCAUAAACUUGAUUUACACCUGCUUCCAAUUCUUUCUAUUCUUUAUCUACUAUCAUAUCUCAAUGGAACAAAUAUUGCAAAUGCAAAAUUAUUUGGUCUUGCAAAUGAUAUUCAACUUACUUCAGAACAAUAUCAAUGGUGUUUAUCAAUCUAUUUCUUUGGUUUUGUAAUUUUUCAAAUACCAUCAAAUAUUAUUCUUCGUCGAUAUCAACCAUCAAAUUGGAUUUCUCUAAUCGUUCUUCUAUGGGGUUUAGCAGCAGUAAGUAUGGCGGCAGUAAACGGUUUCAAAACUCUACUGCUAGCGCGAUUCUUACUUGGAACUUUUCAAUGUGGCUUUUUUCCUGGAUUUAUCUACUACACAUCAUUAUGGUAUAGAAGAAAAGAACAAGCUAUUCGACUUGGAUUCUUUUGGUCAUUUUCAGCACUUGCUGGAGCUUUUGGUGGUUUAAUUGCUUAUGGUAUUACACAAAUUAAAUCACCAAUAUUAACGGCAUGGCAACUUAUCUUUAUUAUUGAAGGUGUUCCAACAAUUAUUCUUGCAUUUUUUUGUUGGUUUUAUAUACCAGAUACACCUGAACAAGCACGAUUUUUGAAUGAUAAACAACGUCAAUUAGAAACUGAUCGUCUUCGACAAGAUGCUGGUGCAUCUCAUCAUAGUUCAUUUUCUUGGUCACAAGUUCUAUCUGUUUUUACUGAUUGGAAAACAUAUAUUUAUGCUUUAACAUAUAUAUGUGGUACUACUUCUUUGCAAGGUAUAACUCUUGUUUUACCUACACUAAUAUCUGACAUGGAUCAAUGGACACCAAUUCAAACACAAUUAAUGACUGUUCCACCUUAUCUUGUAGCAUUCAUUACUAUUUUAAUUGUUUCACGUAGUUCAGAUUAUUUUGUUGAACGAUCUUUUCACCUUGUUUUUACAAAUUUACUGACAAUCUGUGGUCUCUUAAUAUUAAUAUUCAUCGAUCAACAAUAUGUUUGUAUUCUUUAUAUCGGUGUUGUUCUUGUUAUAUCAGGUUUAUAUUCAAAUGUUAGUAUAAGAGUAACUUGGAUUAAUAAUAAUUUUGCUUCAUUAACUCGACGUGCAGUUGCAACAGCAUUCAUUAUUUCAAUAGCUGCUAUUGGUGGAAUCAUAUCAGGACAGAUAUAUCAAGCCGAACAGAAACCGCGAUAUUUAAUUGGUAAUACAAUUACAUUAAUUUGUUGUGUUAUACAAACAACAUUAGUGAUUAGUCUUCGUCUAAUAUUUAUGUAUAUUAAUCAUCAACGUUCAAAAAUGAAUGAUGAAGAAAUUAAGAAACAAAUUGAAAAAUAUGGAGGAGAUAAAUUAGCUGGUGAUCAUCAUCCUGAAUAUCGAUAUACGUUAUAA